AUGCAAACACAAGCAAAGUCAGCUGGAAUCAUUUUGGUCACCGGUGGCCAUGGAUUCAUCGGGUCCCAUGUGGCCCACAGACUCCACAAUACAGGCUUCCACGUUCGCGUCGCUGAUAUUCAGCCGUCCAGCGAGUUCUCGCAAGCGAUAUCUAGUGAUACUCACAUAGGAAACUUGUGCGAUCCGGACUUCUGUCAUCGUAUAGUGCAAGGCGUCGAUACCGUCAUGCACUUUGCCGCAACGAUGGGAGGAAUGGGUACAAUCCAUGCCAAUAACGACUUCAUAAUCUAUGCGGAGAAUCACGCUAUGACCACGAACUUAUUAUCCGCAGCUGUGCAGGCUGGAGUGAAGCGUUUCCUAUACGCUUCGUCUGCUUGUGUGUAUCCAGAAAGCCUGCAAGGAUCCGGUAACGCCGAUGUAUCCCUUCGCGAAGAGGACGUCUGGGUCAAUCUGCCGCCGAAACCCCAAGGCCUGUAUGGCCUAGAGAAACUCAACACGGAAUUACUCCUUCACCAAUUCAAAGAUCGAAUGCAAGUGCGGGUCGCUCGCUUCCACAACGUGUACGGGCCCCGAGGUGCAUGGCGCAACGGUCGCGAAAAGGUUCCCGCUGCAUUCGUCAGGAAAGCACUCGCAGGGAAGUUGUUGGGUGAUUUACCCAUUGACUUUGAGAUUUGGGGAGAUGGUACACAGCGCCGCAGCUUCGUCUAUAUCGACGACUGUGUGGAUGCCGUGUGCUCUCUCCUCGAAUCUCCCUGCGACGUGCCCGUCAACAUAGGUACGGAGAGGUCCGUGACAAUGAAAGAACUCGCGAAUAUUUCUUUACAAUGCGUUGGCAUUGCAGAGGAGCAUGCGCGAUAUCUUUACGAUCGCAAGAAGCCUGUCGGCGUGGCUGCCCGCAAUUCAAACAAUGACUUUGUAAGUCACCAGUUGGAUUGGCAUCCCAAGGUGACCCUGGAGGAAGGCAUGAUGCGCACUGCCGAAUGGAUGGAGUGCGAGAUGCUGAAGUUAGUACGUGGCCUAAACGGCGCGGAGCGCCGAGCUCUGCUUGAUGGGCUCCAACGAAGCAAGGUGGUAGACCUCCACUCGUCCGGUGUUACGUUUGCCAUCCUCCUUCCUGUCACGUCCCGAGGGACAUCAUCGCCUGAGAACUGCUUGGGAAAUCUCCGUACCUUUGCGAGAUCUCUAUUGAGGACCACAUGGCGAGACGUCCAUAGCCUUGGAGGGGACCGUUACCGGGUCAAGAUAUAUCUCGCCAUCGAUGACGAUGACGAUUUCCUGCUUGGAACAGAAGGCGAGAACAAAGCUGCAUCGACCCUUCGUAAUGAAGGUGUCCUAGAUGUAGAAACCCUCAUAUGUGACUUCCGCCGUGGACAUGUCUGCGAUCUGUGGAGAACUCUCGCUAGACGUGCGUGGGAGGACAAUUGCGAUUAUUUCGCACUUCUGGGCGACGAUGUCGUAUUACAGGAUGAAGGGUGGAUGCGGGAUGCGGUCUUCGAGUUCAAGGAACUGGCCAAAAGGGAAAAUGUGAUGCCUGGUUUUGGCUGCGUUGCCUUCACGGACACUACAUUCCCCGGCAUGCCGACCUUUCCAAUCAUACAUAGGACCCACAUGGAUAUAUUUAAAGGCGAGGUGAUACCAAAGAUAUUCGUGAACCAAGAUGGCGAUCCCUACCUAUAUCAGCUGUACCGCAGGUGGGGCUGCUCUUUAAUGUUCUCGAGCAGAAUUUCCAACGGAACUGGAGGACGUGACAAAGCACGAUAUGAAAAGGUGCAUGCUGUGGAUUGGACGUUCGACACCCUAGAUGGCUCAACGGAGGUCCUCGAAGAAUGGCUGCGGAAAUCGUCGCCCAUGGCGGAACGCAAACUCACCAUAGACGUGGUCAUCCCCUGCUAUCGCGUUCAACUUCGCUUCCUGGAG